GUGAUUGUUUACUUUCUCCGCUGAUACUUCCUUUGGACUCAGUGUAGACGCGUGGCCGUGAGGCUGUGUGCAGCUCGUCUCAGGACCGACAUGAAGCUGCUGGACGAGCGCAUCUGCUCGCUGUUCAAGCGUCACUGGAGGCAGACUCUCACCUACUGGAGCGUGUUCUUCAGCUUCGGCCUGUGCAUCGCCUUCCUGGGGCCCACCAUCCUGGACCUGCGGUGUCAGACCCAGUCCACCCUGCAGCAGAUCACCUGGGUCUUCUUCUCCCAGCAGCUCUUCCUGCUGGUGGGCUCCGGCGUGGGAGGACUCUUCAAGAAAACACUACUGUCCUCCCUGGCUGCUCUCUUGUCCUCAACGCUCAUCAUCUCGAUUGUGUUUGCCAUCAUACCGUUAUGUCACCACGUGGUGCUGUUGGCCAUCACCAUGGCGCUUGCUGGCAAAGCCAUGGGGGUGAUUGACACCAUCGCCAACCGACAGCUGGUGAAGCUGUAUCAGAAGGACUCGGCCGUCUUCCUGCAGGCUUUGCAUUUCUUCAUUGGCCUGGGAGCACUGGUCAGUCCCCUGGUGGCUGACCCAUUCCUGGCAGAUGACAACUGUGUUCAUGCGACCAACUGGACCCCCAACUCGUCCUCCUCGUCGGACCUUGAGCACCUCCGCAGCAGCCUCUCUGGCCAUGCAACAACACUGCACAACAUCUCCCAGUAUCCUCUGUACACUGAGGGUGUCGUCGUCACCAGGGUGUCUUAUGCUUUCUGGAUCAUGGCUCUUAUCAAUCUCCCUGUGCCUGCAGUAGUGCUUGCUCUUAUGUACCACGAGAGAUUGCUGCCGUGCUUCAACAAGGGUCCACGUCUGCUGGAUAAGGAGUCGCUGCCUGACACGAGUCCCACCCAGGAAAGUGGCCAAGGACACUUGAGCUGGUGUGGUUGCUGCAACCCUGCCACACUCCGGGGCCGCCCUACUACUUUCUUCAUCCUACAUGCUCUAGGCGGAGCCAUCCUCUUCAUCACCGAUGGGAUCAUAGGCUCAUACGCUGGUUUCAUCUACACCUAUGCCAUCUCCUCUCCUCUGCUGAUGGGCCAUAAGACUGCUGGCUAUCUGAACAGUGUAUUUUGGGCCUCCAUCACAGCAGGAAGACUGGCUUUCAUCUACCUGUCCUACAAAUACAAAGCACCCACGCUGCUCACCUUCAGUCUGGUGGGAGUCAUACUGGUACAGUGCCUGUUGAUGAUCUUCUACACAAGCUGUGUGUUUCUCUUCAUCUGUACUUGUGUGUUGGGACUGUGCAUCAGCAGCGUGUUUCCCUCCAUGCUUGCUUUUACAGAGGACAUCAUGGACUACAAAGGUUGUGUCACAACCGUCCUUGUGACCAGCGCCAGCACAGGAGAGAUGAUGCUGCAGUUGAUCGUAGGAUCGAUGAUCCAAAGUCACGGCAGCUACGCUUUCCUGUUGUGUGGUACAAUAUCCUCCAUCAUCGGCUUCUGCCUUUUCCUGCUGCUCAUCUAUGUCCAGUCCAUCUACAGAAACCGCAGCCCAGAAUCAUCUGCAAACAUGAACAUGAAAGAGAAGCCACCGACAGAAGGCUCGUGAUCUGAGGCUCCGUCCGGGACCAGGGGACACAGUGUGGAGAACAGUCUCAGGGAAACUGGCAUCCCUCCAGAACCAAUACGCAGAACUGCAGCCUGUCCUCCUCCAGCUCAACACUUUUGAAACUAGAGAUAGAGAAUUCUACUUUCAAGCCAGAUGAUCAAAAAGCAGCUCUAUGAAUGUGCAAUAGCUGAAUUCACUUUAAUGUUUAUUAACUUUUAAGUGUGAAUGAAAUGUGGAGGUUAACGUUUUCUUACUGUUAAAACAUGACUUGUGUCAGUCUGGGUUAACAGCAGUGUCAUGGGUGCUUGGUGGUGAACUGUAGCAGUCAGACUUUAUUUAUUAUAAUGCCAUUUCAAAAUGAUGUAAUUUAUACAUUAUGACGCCAAAUCAUUCAUCUAAAUAAUGAAUGUACAAUCUUACGAUAUGAUAAAACCCAUAUCUAUAUAAGCUUCAGGUUGUGUCUGGAGUCCUACAGGAUGUAGAGAAACCUAAAAAAAUAUGCAUUUUUGUACCAGGAAUUACAUGAUUUUUUCACUUACCUUACCUUACUUAUCAUAUGAAUGAAUCAUUUUCUGAUCAUCAUAAACUUUAGAUUGACUGUUUCCAGGAAUUGUGUUUUUGGGAUCUAUUUUUCUUGAUCAA